CUAGUCGCAGGGCUCAGCUUCGACAUUUGUCAGGUCGAAACUCGGUGCUGGUGGUGGUGCUCUGACCAGGCGAGAUAUUUUUCCUGACUAUUUCACUACAUAAUUGUAUUAUUGUUUAAAGUUAACAGUUUUACAGCAAUUUUGUUCGAAUAAGAAUGUCUACUAGCUUAAUUAGCUUAACGUUUACUGUUAAAUCCUGGAGAGACUUAAGCUAUUAAGCUCGCUGCUACUGUAGCUACAUAAGCUAAGUGUAUUGUAUUAAUUGACUUAUUGACAGUUAAAUGCGCCUGUUUGAACACUCCUCGUAACAUUUAAGGGCUCUGGCCCCGUCUCCAGCAGUUGAAACACGCCAGUCCUGUCCUCUCUGAUCCUCAUCCACGGCCUUCACACUUGCUGAGCCAUGACCACCCAGAGGGAGCUUGAUAUGGUGCACCUGCGCCUCAUCCUGGUCAGUGGAAAAACGCAAGACUUCACUUUCUCUCCGAAUGAUUCGGCCACAGACAUCGCCAAACAUGUGUUUGAGAACUGGCCAGCAGGAUGGGAGGAGGAGAGAGUGAGCAGUCCCAGCAUACUGCGCCUCAUCUUCCAGGGACGCUUUCUUCAUGGCAAUGUUACCCUGGGAGCUCUAAAGCUGCCAGCAGGCCGGACCACUGUUAUGCACCUGGUUGCCAGAGAGACUCUUCCAGAGCCGAACUCUCAUGGUCAAAGGAACAGAGAAAAAACCACAGAGAGCAACUGCUGUCUCCUCUUGUAAAGCAAAAUAAAUGAACCCCCUUUAACCCUUUCCCUAACUUCACAUAUACACACACACACUUAUAACAAACACAUUUAAACAUGCAUACACAUUGUUCUCUCCUGCCCAUCAUCCUGUCAGAGCUGGAUUUAUAUCGAAUCACAGGAAGUUCAGAUUGGGCCUUCAUCCGCUUUGGUUGAGCACCGAUCCGAGGCUUUAUUUUGUGCCAAUGUGUUGACUUUUUGUCCUCAAACUUUGUUAUUCCUUUUUAUUUUGAAUAUGAAGAUCAUGGACAUUUUCGCUCCUGUUUUAAAGAACUGUCAGGAACUUGUCACUCUUCAUGGACAAAGACUUGUUAUAAAGGAUUUAAGGAUUUGUGGGCUAUUGCGCUUCCCUUAAAUUCCCAUGGAUGUCUCCCCAGGUCUUACUGAAUGAUGUUAACCCUCUCAUUGCACUUAACCAGUUUAAUUCAAAAGUGUUUACUGUGUUUCAUUGCAUCUUUUUCCCCCUUUUUCCUUUUUUUGGGGUCAAAAUACAGACCUUUAUUUUCCUUAUGUGGUUGAAAAUGUGCCAUCCUCCUCAUGAGACUGUUUCUGCCUCACUGACUGAACCGGUCAGUUUGUAUCAGCACAGGUGGCGUUCGUGCCAUGACCUUUACGCCUGUUUGUUCCUUGAAACUGGACCAAUGAAGAAAGGACUUUUAUUUUGGUGGAGCUGUGUAAACACUUCAGGGGAUGUACAGGGUCCUUGAAAACAGGAGCAGAGCCUUAGCGAGGAUUGCAAAGAUGGGGGCGGAGGAUUCGUUGCAUCCCUCGUGUCUCUGCUUUGACUGUAAAGGACUGGACUAUCAGAGGUCGAAUACGGCGGGCCAGUUGAACGCAGACAGGAGAAGCGGUUGAAGAUGAGAGAGGGGAGCAUCGCUGUAAGACCCCCCUCUAAAGGACACUGACAACGAGGAAGAGGGAGAGUUUCUCCAUCCUGGAUGAAGAAUUAAAAGGAAAAUUUGGGGCGAUGUUUCACCUCCUUUUUCAUUUGGAUGCUGUCUUUACUUCUCGUUUGCCUUUUAUCGUGGAAUUCAGUAAUAUCAUUAAUAAUGAAAUUUAAAUAUAUCAAUUUUUAUCUUGUGUAUAGGUAUUUGUUGAACUUUAGUGUGGGUGAGUUUGUGUGUGAGUGUGUGUGAGUGUGUGUGAGUGUGUGUGAUGCAUGUGGCAUACUGUGCGAGGAUUCGUGAGGGCAUGUGGUCUUAAAAAAGAUGGUGCACUGGGAGUGUUGAUGGGCUGCGGUUUCUUCAGAAACAGUCGGAAACCUUUUGAUUCCUUCCAUUGAGUGUCUUUUGGUUUGUGUUUAUGUCAAUCAGUGUCACUGCUAUGAAGUUUAGCUCAGUAUGAAUAAAUGUAAAAAAAAAAAGAAACUAAAAUACAAUGUGGUCUACAUAAAAGCUUGUAUUAUAAAUUAAUAAAUCUUUGAAUAAGGCAAA